UUAGUGGCACAUUAAUCUCCUAAUCCUGCUAAAUCAUUGAGUCCACCAUACCAUACCAUGCCAUACCAGCUCAUGUGAUACAGUCUGUCAAUUACAUCUCAGACUCUUGCCUUUUUCUGUGGAAAACAAGUUGUUCUGCUUCUAAAGUUGAACUGGCUUUCCUUCUUUUCCUUGGAGUUGUUGCCAACCAAAUUAUUCCUCUCACUUGAAACUUUUCUUUAUUUGUUUCUCCAACUCAAGUUUUCUCAACCUUGGAAGUUAGAAGGUCACUUUGAUAGCUUGGAUUUUGUAUCAUGGCUACUGAGACUGUUGUAUCUGAUCAUGCUUCUACAACUGAUGAGAAAUUUGUGAAGAUUGAAAAGGACGAAGCUCUUGCAGAAAAGAUCGCUUCUUUAGCCAACGAAGAUGGAGUCGAACAAGACAAGCCUGAAGAUGCACAAGAUCAAGCUACCCCUUCAUCCAAUACAGAAGGAGAUGAGGUGAAGGCUGAGCUUGCUGCAGCUGAGAUUGAGAAGCCUGAUGAUUCUCCUGUAUUAGAGGCUUCUGCUGAAGAUAUUAAUCUGAAACAAGACAAUGUUGAGGAUGUACAAAUUCCAGAAGCCCCUUUCUCUAAGACAGAAGAAGAAUCUGAUAAGAAACUUGAGCCUGAAGUUACUGUAGACUCAACUGAUGAUUCUGUGCCAUUAGAGUCAAAUGUUGCAGUUGCCGACACUCUUGAAGAGGAGAAGGAACUGAUUAUUGAUUCACAGACUGGUAGUAUCACAGAACCAGUACAUGUUGCAGCAGAUGAGCCACAAUCCACUGAACCUGCUGAGAAGGAAACACCACAGGAGCAAGAAAAGGAACCUGUGGAAACAGAUGAAGAGAAGCAACUCGAGACGGCUAAAAUUCUAGAAGCACCAGCUGAAACCUUAGAAGAAUCAAGUGACGUUGCUGAGAAUAAUCCUCAGAAAGAACCUGAGGUGGUGGAAGAAGCUAAAAUUGUGGAAACAGGUGUCCAAGAGGAGGUGAAGACUGAACCUGAACCUGUGGCCACAGAAAAAACUGAACCAGAACCGGAAUCUGAAGAAAUAUCACAAGUGGCUGAGGAACCAAGCACAAUUGCAAUUCCAGAACCACAAGAGGCAGAGCAACCAAGCACAGUUGCAAUUCCAGAACCCUCAGCUGAAGCAGAUGAGAAACUGGGGGAAACCAUAGAGGAAAAAACAACGGAAGGGACAUUGGAAGAAACCGACAACAAGGAUGUAGAGCCUGCAGAAACUGUGAAAGAAGAGCCUGUGAUUAGUGCUGAAGUUGAGGAAAACAAGAAAGAACCAGAAGAGCAAUCAUUGGAACAAAAGGAAGAGGAGCAACCAAACACAUCAGCAAUUUCUGAAAACUCCACAGAAACCGGUGAUGCCAUUGCCAUAGAGGAAACAACAAGAGAGCUAGAAUUGGAGGUAGAGGCAUUGAAAGAGACUAACAACUUAGAAGCAGGCCCCGAAGAAACAGUGAAAGCAGAGAAUGUGGUUACUGCAGUUGAUGAAAACCAAAUUGAACCAGAAAAACAACCAUUCACACAAGAGGAAGAAGAGAAGCCAAACACAGUUAUCACUGAAACAGCAGCUGAGAGUGAAGAGAAGCCAAACACAGUUAUCACUGAAACAGCAGCUGAGAGUGAAGAGAAGCCAAACACAGUUAUCACUGAAACAGCAGCUGAAUGUGAAGAGAAGCCAAACACGGAUGUCACUGAAAUAGCAGCUGAAAGUGUAGAGCAGCCAGGUGGUACAGCUGAAGUUCAACCUCCCAAAGACUCAGAUAUUGAGGUGGUGAAAGAGACUGGAAACUCAGAGUCAGAAGAAGUGCCUGUGACAGAAGAGAAACCAGAUUCUGUGUCUACUGAAGUGGAGGAAAAGCCAAGAGAGCAAUUACAAGUAGGUGAGGAAGUUGAAGAGCCUAUUAAGGAUGUGGAGACUAAACCUGAAACUGACAAGAGUGAAGAAACUUUGGAAAACACAAUCAAAGAGCCCAUAUCAAUCCAGGAAGAGAAAACUGACAAAGAGGAGGAACCUACCAUCACGGAAAAUACUACACAAGUUUCACCAAGUGAGGAAGCUCAAGCAGCUCCUGCAAAUGUGGUGGAACCUUCACCUGAAGUUCCAGAAGAGAUUGCUGAAGAUGGCAAGAAAGAAUCAAGCCUUACUGAUGUGAUUGAAGCGGUAUCGAAAGAAGUAGCAGGCAUUACAGAAAACCCUGAACAAGCUUCCAUUGACCAGGAGGCUAAAGCUAUUGAGGAAAAGGUUGAGGAACAGAUUGAUGUUGCUGCAAAUGAUGACAAGAAGGAACCAGAAGCACCUGAAUCUGUCCAAGUAUCCUCCAGAGAUGUAGAGGUUGAAACCAAAAAGGUUGAGGAACAGAGUGAGGCAGAGGCAGCUACAACUGAAACAGAAAUUGUGAAGGUAGAGAAUGUUAAAAAUGACACACAAGCAGUGGAUGACAAGGUUGAGGAACAGAUUGCUGUUGCUGCAAAUGAUGACAAGAAGGAACCAGAAGCACCUGAAGCUGUCCAAGUAUCCUCCAGAGAGGUAGAGGUUGAAACCAAAAAGGUUGAGGAACAGAAUGAGGCAGAGGCAGCUACAACUGAAACAGAAAGUGUGAAGGUCGAGAAUGUUAAAAAUGACACACAAGCAGUUGAUGACAAGAAAGAAGAGAAUGCUGACACAAAGGUGGAUGAAAUCUCCACUGCCAUAAGUGAACCUGUUAGAGAAACAUUGGCAUCAAAGUUUAAAGAUGAGGAAUCUAUUGAAACUGGAGUGGAUAAUACAGAGAAAGAACAAGUUGAGGAGCCUGUAAAAACUGAGGUUCAAGACACCAAGGAAAGUGAUGUAACAAAAACAUCCAAAGACCUUCCAAAAGAAACUCCAGCCAAGCCAGCUCAAAAGCAAUCAAACAACAUUAUAUCAAAGGUGAAACAGUCACUAGCAAAAGCAAAGAAAGCUAUCACUGGGAAAUCUCCAUCCUCCAAGAACCUAUCCCCGGAGGCCAAGGGAGACAUUCAAGUCAAAUAAUGGGACAGAUGCAGAAUUUACAUGUUUGCUUCCUUUUUCAUUGUUGGUGUGCAUAGCAUUUAUAGCGUACAAGUUGGUUUCUUCUAUUCAUUAUUAUUUUGUUUUGAAUUUGUUUGAAUGCAAGGAGGUGUGCAGAGUGCAGUGUAUAUAGAAGAUGAUCUAGGCCAUGCUUAGAGGAUCUAGGCCAUGCUUUAGGCAGUACUGUAAAAUUUGAUUGUUUUAUUCUGCUUGAUUCUUUUGGAUAUAUGCAUUGUAUUCAUGAUUGUCGUGAGUAAACAAUGGAAGCCAUUUUAACUUCCAUGUGUUAAAAUGACUGGUUUGUAAGUUCUGUAAGAUGACCUCGUGAUGAUCUAGUAUUGAUUGUUUACUACACAAA